GCUCGGAGACGCUUCUGGAAGCAUCGCGAUGGCUGCGCAAGGACAGCCCCAAGUGCAGUUCAAGCUCGUAUUGGUUGGUGACGGCGGUACUGGGAAAACUACAUUUGUGAAACGCCAUCUGACUGGUGAAUUUGAGAAGAAGUAUGUAGCCACCUUGGGCGUUGAGGUCCAUCCCCUUGUGUUCCAUACCAACAGAGGACCCAUUAAGUUCAACGUAUGGGAUACAGCUGGCCAGGAGAAAUUUGGUGGACUGAGAGAUGGCUAUUACAUCCAAGCCCAGUGUGCUAUCAUAAUGUUUGAUGUAACAUCGAGGGUUACUUACAAGAACGUGCCCAACUGGCAUAGAGAUCUGGUACGCGUGUGUGAGAACAUCCCCAUCGUGCUGUGUGGCAACAAAGUGGAUAUUAAGGACAGAAAGGUUAAGGCAAAGUCGAUUGUCUUCCACCGAAAGAAGAAUCUUCAGUACUAUGACAUCUCCGCCAAAAGUAACUACAAUUUUGAAAAGCCCUUCCUCUGGCUUGCUAGAAAACUGAUCGGAGACCCUAACUUGGAGUUCGUCGCCAUGCCUGCUCUCGCCCCGCCAGAGGUGGUCAUGGACCCAGCGUUGGCAGCGCAGUACGAGCACGAUCUAGAGGUUGCUCAGACAACUGCCCUCCCGGAUGAAGAUGAUGACCUGUGAGAAAAGUGAAGCUGGAGCCCAGCGUCAGAAGUCUAGUUUUAUAGGCAACUGUCCUGUGAUGUCAGUGGUGCAGCGUGUUUGCCACUUUAUUAUAUAGCUAAGCAGAACAUGUGCUUAAUGUUUGGUAUGCUGAAGGAGAUGAAUGGGCUUUGGAGUGAAUGUGGCAGUUAAAAAAAAAAAAAAACUUCAUUUUUUUGGACCUGCAUAUUUAGGUGUUUUGGAACACAGUUCUUUCCUCCUUAAGUUUCAAAUAUAAGACUGCUACAGUCACAUCACAAUA